CCAGGAAGUAGUCUAGAUGGUGUCUGAGAUGGGACAUUUUCCACGUUUGAACAGAGAAUGUCCGUAGACGGGCUCUGGUUUGAAUUACUUUUGUAUUCUCAUAAUAUUUACGUACGUUUCUGGAUGUGCAUGCGUUGUUUGAAGGACCAACUACGUCCAUAAUUUCGAACGAUUACUACGAAACGCCUUUUUCGUUUGCGGAAAACAAACAGGAAUAAUUGAUUCAUUUACCUGUGGUUGUGCUGCCAAAUUGUAAUGGUACCUAUGAUCUUAAAUUAAACUAGUUCGAAAUGGAAGACGACGCACCUGUUAUUUAUGGUCUUGAGUUUCAGGCCCGGGCGCUGACAGCACAGACAGCUGAGACAGAUGCCAUAAGAUUCCUCGUGGGCACACAGUCACUCAAAUUUGACAAUCAGAUCCACAUCAUUGACUUUGAUGAUGAGAAUAACAUCAUUAAUAAGAGCGUCCUCGUGCACCCUGCCGGGGAGAUAUGGCACAUCAGCGCCAGUCCUGCCGACAAAAGUGUGCUGACGACGUGCUACAACAAGACCAGCGAGAGCCGGGUGGUAACGUGUGCAGCCGUGUGGAGGAUGCCCCCGGAAUGGGAAUCAGGCAGCCAUGAGUCCCCCGACGAUUCAUCAAACAACCCACAGACCCUGGAGCUCCUCUGUCACCUUGACAACACAGCCCACGGCAACAUGGCCUGUGUGUUAUGGGAGCCCAUGGGCGACGGCAGUCGUGUGAUCUCUCUGGCCGAUAACCACGCGGUGCUGUGGGACCUUCAGGAGAGCUCCACCAAAGCCGCGGUUUCCAGCAGUGCCACCCUGGAGGGGAAAGGGCAGCUGAAGUUCACUUCGGGCAAGUGGAGCCCGCACCACAACUGCACCCAGCUGGCCACGGCCAACGACACGGCCAUCCGCGGCUGGGAUCUGCGGAGCAUGAGUCAGAUCUACUGUAUUGAGAAUGCCCACGGGCAGCUGGUGCGAGACCUGGACUUCAAUCCCAACAAGCAGUACUAUCUAGCCAGCUGUGGGGACGACUGUAAGGUCAAGUUCUGGGACGUGAGGAAUGUCAACGAACCAGUGAAGAGCCUGGAAGAGCACUCACACUGGGUGUGGAGCGUCAGGUACAACCACUCCCACGACCAGCUGCUACUGACGGGCAGCAGCGACAGCCGGGUCAUCCUGUCCAACAUGGUGUCCAUCUCCUCCGAGCCCUUCGGCCACCUGGUGGACGACGAUGACCUCAGCGACGGCGAGGACGGCCACCAGGAGGAAAACAGGGAGCCGCUACAGGACAGCAUCAUCGCCACAUAUGAGGAGCAUGAGGACAGCGUGUACGCGCUGGAGUGGUCGUCCGCCGACCCCUGGCUCUUCGCCUCGCUCAGCUACGACGGACGCCUGGUCAUCAACAGGGUCCCCCGGGCCCUCAAGUACCGCAUCCUGCUGUAAUGGGAGAGAGGGAGAGGGGGAGAGAGAAAGAGAGAGGGGGGAGAGAGAGAGAGAGAAGGAGAUGGUGGGGAGAGAAAGAGGGAGAGAGAGAGGGAGGGAGAGAGAGAGAGAGAGGGAGAUGGGAGUAAGAGUAAAAGAUGAAGAGCAAAUGAGUUUGUUUAAGUGGGAGGGAGGGAUGGAGGGUAUGUCUCUGCGACAGAAAAACACUGCAGACUAGAAAGACAACCGAGACAAAGAAGAUGGAAGAGUGUUGUAGUGAGGGAGAGGGAAAGGAGGAGAACAGAGGGAGAGCCACACACACACACACACACACACACACACACACACACACACACACACACAAAGACA